AUGUCUUCCUCUCAGAAUUGUUCGGUUCUCCCACAAGAUGUGCUCUUUGAAAUUUUGUCGCGGGUUCCAGUAAAGGAUCUCAUGCGAUUCAAGUGCGUUUCGAAAUGGUGGAAUCAUCUCGUCUCUGAUCCUACAUUUGUGAAAUUGCACCUUCAAAGGUCCUCGAAAAACACUCACAUCCUAUUAACCUUCCAAGGUAUCAUCAACCAGAAAUUUGAACUCAGGCUUUACGCCUUACCAUGCUCCGUACAAAAAUUGGUUGGCAACCCAUCAGCCACCGUUAAAUCUUCCCGUUCCCACCGAUUCAAACUCGAUUACGCUGUCUUGGGCGUCUGCAACGGCUUGGUUUCCUUAAAAGAUUCGUACAUUGGAGAUGAAUUUAGUGAUCACUGGGUCCGGUUUUGGAAUCCGUCCACAAGAAUCAUGUCUGAAGAUUCGCCACGUAUUCGUCUUCAUCACGGCGAUUAUAAAGGCCCUUUAUUGUAUAAGUUUGGGUUUGGAUACGAUGAUCGGAGUGAGAGUUAUAAAGUUGUUGUUUUGGAUUAUAAAUCAGAGAAAAUGGAGGUGAGAGUUCAUUGCUUAGGCGACAAUUGUUGGAGAAAUACUUUAACUUGUGAUGUUUUUCCCAUUCCUGCGGUUUGUCGUGGAGCUGCUUGUGUGAGUGGCACUAUGAACUGGUUAGGACUUGCCAAAUCCAGUUCCGGUUAUCAAAAACAGGAACUUAUCACAGUGAAAGAUUUAGAAAUUUUUUCUUACGAUCUAAAGAACGAGACAUGUAGCUAUUUGUCUGUGCCUGAUGGUCUUUCUGUUGCUGAGGUCCAUUUUGCUCAGCCUGCGCUUGAGGUUUUCAAGGGUUGUUUGUGUCUUUCUCAUCAACAUGAGGGUCAAUUUGAUGUUUGGCUAAGGAGGGAGUUUAGUGAUGAAAAAUCUUGGUUUAAGUUUUUGAAUUUAAGUCACGGAAGCCCUGAAUUUAGCAUUUGUGGCUUUUCAAUUUACAUAGCGGUUUUGUGUGUGUCUGAGAAUGAUGACUUUGUGCUGCUUGCAAACCAAAGUGAUUCAGAAUUUAUUCUGUUCAAUAGGACAGAUAAUAGAAUAGAGCGUCGUUAUAAUUUCAAAAGUGCCAAUUCCUAUUUCUACUCUAAUGAUUAUGUUGAGAGCUUGGUUUUGCCGUAUAGGAAUUAA